AUGAGUUCAUUUAUUACUAGUUUGGGAGAUGAUUAUUCAUCGGAAGAGGAAGAAGAGGAAAAGAUACAAUUUAUUGAUGAGGAGGAAGAAAAGAAAAAUCAACAAGCACAACAGGAUGAAGAUGAUUUUUUCAUAUCAAGUCCAAAAUCGGAAAAAUCAGAAGAGGAAGAAAAUGAUAACUUUUUCAUGACCUCCAUGGGAGAUGACAAUGUCGAAAACGAUGAAAAGGAGGACACACCUGUUAUAGAGGAAGAGCAAGUUGUUGAUGAUACACCAUCUAAUUUAAUUGUCGAAAAGGAGGAUGUCAUUAUGCAAGAUUCAACACCAUCCAUCAUUUUCAUUACACCUUCACAUACACCAUUCGAAUUGACAAAGAGUAAUAUUCAGGUUCCAAUUGAUACUAUUCAUCCUUCUUGGAAGAAUUCAAUCAUUAAUCGAUCGAUAGAACAACAAAAAUUGGAAAAAUUUAAAGAGAAAUUCAAUGGCAAGGCAAAAUCUAUCAAAUUCACCAAACCACAAGUUGAGCAGUCGAUGCAGAAUGAGGAUAAAGUAAUAAUUGCAAAAUCGAAUGUGGACGAAAUUGAGGAAAAGAAGGAGACAGUUAAAAAGAUUGUGGACGAUUCUUCAAGCAGUAGUAGUGGCAGUGAAGAUGAUUCUGACUCAUCUUCAAGCAGUAGUAGUGAAGAUGAUUCAUCCAGUGAAGAAGAAGAAGAAAAGAAAGAAAUUGUCAUUAAGGGCCAAGAUAUGAACGAAUACAAACAAGCUCUCAAAGAACUCAAUCAAUCCAAAAAACACCAAAGAAAGCAACAAAUGAAUACAGUUCUCAAUAAUUCAUCCAAACACAAUAAUAAGAAUAACAAGAAAAACAAUAACUUUUCAAAUCCCAAGACGAAGGGAGGAAAGAAAGCCAUUCAAAAACAACAAAAAAUGUACAGAGAACAAUUGAAAAAGAUGCCACUCAAAGAUAUCCAAUUCAUGGGAAAGAAGAUUAAGUUUGACAAUACCAAAAAGAAUCAAUCUACAACAAAUUCAGAACAAUAA